GCAAAACCCUAGUUUCUGUAUAUUCUGAGCUCACUUCCCGCCAAGCCUCUCCUGUCCAUAAACUCAGAAAAACCCUAGUCCCUCAUCCUCCUCAAGCUCCAAAACCCCAUAGCCUCUCUCCACUCUUACCACUUGUUCCGACCAAAACCUGAAGCCAUGGACUCAUCACCUUCGAACCCUGAUCUUGUCCUGAUUCUUGACUAUGGUUCUCAGUACACCCACCUCAUCACUCGCCGUAUUCGGUCUCUCAACGUUUUCUCCCUCUGCAUCACCGGAUCCUCCUCGCUCAAAACCAUCUCAACCCUAAACCCACGAGUCGUCAUCCUCUCGGGAGGACCUCACUCGGUCCACGCGCCUGACGCGCCGAGUUUCCCAGACGGGUUCGUUGAGUGGGCCGAGUCGAACGGUGUCCAUGUCUUGGGUGUUUGCUAUGGCUUGCAUCUGAUCGUGCAGAAACUCGGAGGUGAUGUCAGAGAUGGUGAGAGCAAGGAAUAUGGGAGGAUGGAGAUUGAAGUGAAGGGCAAAUCUGCGAUUUUCGGACCGGAGAGUGCCGGAAAAAGACAAGUUGUUUGGAUGAGCCACGGCGACGAGGCGGUGAAGUUGCCGGAGGGUUUUGAGGUUGUGGCGGAGAGCGAGCAAGGAGCCAUCGCCGCCAUUGAGAACCAGAAGAGGAGGUUUUAUGGCUUACAGUAUCACCCUGAGGUGACACAUUCACCCCAAGGAAUGGAGACUCUUCGGCAUUUCCUCUUCGAUGUAUGUGGAGUUUCUGCUGGUUGGAAGAUGGAGAAUCUGUUGGAAGAAGAGGUUAAAGUGAUAAACAAAACUGUCAGUGCUGAUGAACAUGUCAUCUGUGCCUUGUCAGGAGGUGUAGAUUCCACCGUGGCAGCAACUCUUGUUCACAAAGCGAUCGGAGAUAGGCUUCAUUGUAUCUUUGUCGAUAACGGGUUAUUGAGAUACAAGGAGAGAGAACGUGUGAUGGCGACCUUCGAGAAAGAUUUGCAUCUACCUGUAACGUGUGUGGAUGCAUCGGAGCAGUUUUUGAGUCAACUGAAAGGUGUAGUAGAUCCCGAGACAAAAAGGAAGAUCAUUGGAAAGGAGUUCAUCAACAUCUUUGAUCAAUUUGCACAUGAUUUGGAGCAGAAGCUCGGGAAGAAACCCACUUAUCUAGUCCAAGGGACUCUCUACCCGGAUGUGAUAGAGUCAUGUCCGCCUCCAGGGACCGACAGAACUCACUCUCACACCAUCAAAAGCCAUCAUAACGUUGGUGGACUCCCUAAGGAUAUGAAACUGAAGCUCAUCGAGCCACUCAAGCUUCUUUUCAAGGAUGAGGUCCGUGAGCUCGGGAGAAUCUUGAAUGUUCCUCAAGGAUUCUUGAAGAGACACCCGUUCCCAGGUCCAGGACUCGCUGUCCGAGUCCUGGGGGAUGUCACAGAAGGAGAUGCUCUAGAUGUUCUCCGUCAGGUUGAUGAAAUUUUCAUCCAGUCAAUCAAAGAAGCGGGUCUCUACGAUUCAAUCUGGCAAGCCUUUGCGGUGUUCUUGCCCAUAAAGUCUGUCGGAGUCCAAGGCGAUAAGAGAACUCAUUCCCAUGUCGUCGCUCUCCGUGCUGUCACAAGCCAAGACGGGAUGACAGCAGAUUGGUUCAGCUUUGAACACAAGUUUCUGGACGAUGUUUCGAGAAAGAUAUGCAACAGCGUUAGGGGCGUCAACCGUGUGGUUCAAGACAUCACUUCUAAGCCUCCUUCCACCAUUGAAUGGGAAUAAAUUAUAUUAUAUUAUUUGGAUCAUUCAUUGUUAUACGCACUAGUGGUGGACACCAUGUUUGAUUUUCCUAUAAAAAUAAUAUAUAUAUAUAUAUAUCAUUCUGUAAAACAUUCGAGAUACAGUAAUACAUGUGUGUGAAUUAAAGUCUCUUA